AUGACCGCUUCAAGCACCAUCUCAUCAGAAAGCAAUUCAAUUGAUAUUGAAAGUCCCAAGGAUAUGCAUGACCACUUCGAUAAGGGUCGAAGAGCUGAAAAAGUGUUAUGGGCAGUUGCAGUCCUGUCAGCAGUAUUCAUCGCUGCCGAGUUUGCUGGUGGUUUCUUUGCUUCGUCGUUAGCAAUCAUGACCGAUGCUGGUCACAUGCUUUCGGAUCUGUUAUCGUUCAUCAUUUCCAUUGUCGCCAUUCGAACAGCCCGACAACCACCAAGCAAACGUCUUUCAUGGGGAUAUGAUCGAGCAGAAGUGUUGGGUGCGAUGAUUUCGGUCAUUAUCCUUUGGGUGCUCACAACAGUUCUUGUUCUGUUGGCCAUCGAACGAAUUGUAAACAACAAACUAUCGGUGGAUGCUGAUGUGAUGCUGAUCACGGCCUGUGUUGGAGUCGGAUUUAAUGUCAUCAUGGGUAUUGUGCUGCAUUUUGGAAGCGGUGGCCAUGGACAUACUCAUGGAGGAGCCAGUCAUGGUCAUUCCCAUGGCGGCAAAAAUGUAAACGUCCGAGCAGCUUUCAUUCACGUUAUCGGCGAUCUGAUCCAAUCGAUUGGUGUGCUCAUUGCAGCUCUGGUCAUCAAGUUCACUGGCUGGGAGUUAGCAGAUCCGAUUUGCACUUUCCUCUUCUCAAUAAUCGUACUGUUCACGACAAUUCACGUACUUCGAGAUAUCUUCUUUGUACUUAUGGAA